AUGAAGGCUAAUGUUAUUGGUCUUACUCUUAAACCAUUAUCCCAAACACGAUGGGAAAGUCGUAUUGAAAGUGUGAAACCAUUGCUACGACAAACCGAAGGAGUUAGAAAUGCUUUACUUGAGUUGGCACAAAGCGAUGAAGAUGGAACAAUAACUAGUGAAGCUGAAGGUUUGAUCAUAAAUGAAUUCGAAAACUUUGAUUUCUUGAUGAGUUUGGUUAUUUGGUAUGAUUUACUAUUUUUUGUGAAUAGUGUCAGUAAAACACUUCAAAAUGAAGACAUGCAUAUGGAUGAAGCUUUGCGGCAGUUGAAAGGACUCAUCAUUCUUUUUGAAGAGUACAGAGAAACAGCUCUUACUUCAUUGAGACAGAGAUUUGAAGAUUUUCAAAAGUUUGAAGGACAAUUUGGAUUUUUGUUAGAUUUAAAGAAGUGGAAAUUGGUAGACGAUGAAUGUCUGAAGGCUUCUUGUGUUAAGCUUCAAUGCUUUUUGAAAAACGAUAUGGAAUCUGAUAUUGACGGGGAAGAUUUAUUUAAUGAACUAAGAGUGUUGAGAGAAAUUCUACCGGAAGAAGCAGAAACGGCAAUUGGAGUGUUGAAUUACUUGAAAGCGAUGAAUGGGAGUUUUCCGAAUGCAUGGGUUGCUUAUAGGAUACUAUUGACUAUACCCGUCACAGUUGCCGCUGCAAAAAGAAGUUUCUCAAAAUUGAAUUUAAUCAAGUCUUACCUCCGAUCAACCAUGAGUCAAGAAAGACUAAAUGGAUUAGCUAUGUUAUCCAUUGAAAAAGAUUUGACAGAAAAACUUGAUUUCAGUAGUUUGAUUAGUAAUUUUGCAGCUCAGAAAGCAAGAAGAGUUAUUUUUCAGUGA